GGAGCACUUGGUGUUGGAAACUGGCUUCCUCAGUAGCUCUGCAAGGGAGAUGUCAGGCGAGAUCAUCUCUAUUCAGUCAGAGGCAAAGAGCAGCUUCAGCUAUCUGACUUCAUGUGAAAGAUGGCUAAUGCAGAAGUGAGUGUCCCAAUGGGGGAUGUGGUUGUGGUACCCACUGAAGGAAAUGAAGGGGAGAACCCUGAAGACACUAAAACCCAAGUGAUCUUGCAGCUACAGCCUGUGCAACAAGGUUUGUUUAUCGAUGGACACUUUUACAACAGGAUUUAUGAAGCUGGGUCGGAGAACAACACAGCAGUUGUAGCAGUAGAAACUCACACGAUACAUAAAAUUGAAGAAGGGAUUGAUGCAAGUACUAUAGAAGCAAACGAGGAUAUGGAAAUUGCUUACCCCAUAACUUGUGGGGAGAGCAAAGCCAUCCUCCUCUGGAAGAAGUUUGUGUGUCCAGGAAUAAACGUGAAGUGUGUCAAGUUCAAUGAUCAGUUGAUCAGCCCUAAGCAUUUUGUUCAUCUGGCUGGCAAGUCCACUCUAAAGGACUGGAAGAGAGCCAUUCGUCUGGGUGGAAUCAUGCUCAGGAAAAUGAUGGACUCCGGACAGAUUGAUUUUUACCAACAUGACAAAGUUUGCUCCAAUACCUGCAGAAGCACCAAAUUUGAUCUUCUGAUCAGCAGUGCACGAGCUCCAGUGCCAGGACAACAGACAAGUGUGGUGCAGACACCCACUUCGGCCGAUGGUAGCAUCACACAGAUUGCCAUCUCAGAAGAGAGUAUGGAAGAGGCAGGGUUGGAAUGGAACUCGGCUCUCACUGCUGCUGUCACCAUGGCCACAGAGGAAGGUGUGAAGAAAGACUCGGAGGAAAUUUCAGAGGACACUUUGAUGUUCUGGAAAGGAAUAGCUGAUGUAGGGCUAAUGGAAGAGGUUGUCUGCAAUAUACAGAAAGAAAUAGAGGAGCUACUGAGGGGAGUUCAGCAGCGGCUCAUCCAGGCUCCCUUCCAGGUCACAGAUGCCGCUGUUCUCAACAAUGUAGCGCAUACAUUUGGCCUGAUGGACACUGUCAAGAAGGUUUUAGACAACAGAAGGAACCAAGUAGAGCAGGGAGAAGAGCAGUUUCUCUAUACUCUGACAGACUUGGAACGCCAAUUGGAAGAGCAGAAGAAGCAAGCUCAGGAUCACCGGCUGAAAUCCCAGACAGUUCAAAAUGUGGUACUGAUGCCUGUGAGCACUCCUAAGCCUCCAAAAAGGCCCCGGCUCCAGCGGCCAGCCUCCACCACCGUCCUGAGCCCUUCUCCUCCUAUCCAGCAGCCUCAGUUCACAGUCAUCUCACCCAUCACCAUCACCCCAGUGGGUCAGUCAUUUUCCAUGGGCAAUAUUCCAGUGGCCACCCUCAGCCAGGGCUCUAGUCCUGUGACUGUCCACACACUGCCUUCUGGCCCUCAGCUCUUCCGCUAUGCCACAGUGGUCUCCUCUGCCAAGAGCAGCUCACCAGACACAGUGACCAUCCACCCAUCAUCUAGCUUGGCACUGCUAAGCUCCACUGCCAUGCAGGAUGGGAGUACCCUGGGCAACAUGACUACCAUGGUGAGCCCUGUGGAGUUGGUGGCCAUGGAGUCCAGCCUGACCUCUGCAAUCCAGGCUGUUGAAAGCACCUCAGAGGAUGGGCAGACCAUCAUUGAGAUUGACCCAGCCCCAGACCCAGAGGCUGAAGAUACUGAGGGCAAAGCAGUCAUCUUGGAGACAGAGCUAAGGACUGAGGAGAAAGUUGUGGCUGAGAUGGAAGAACACCAGCAUCAAGUCCACAAUGUGGAGAUUGUGGUCUUAGAGGAUUAACUGGGGAUCUCGGGGCCAGGAGUUAUGUUUUGGUUUGGAAUUUUAUUUGUUUAUUUUUAUCAUUGUCCCACUCAUUUCCACAUAGGAUCCUUUUUUUUUUUUUCUUUUUUUCUUUUUAAAACAAAAUCUUGUUGUUGUAACUGAAAAUGUUGGGUUCCUCCCACCCCCUCAUUGAAAAAUGGACAAAACAAGCUGCCCUUCUGGAAAUUGAGAGUAGGUCACUCAGUAUCCUAAUCAUCUUACACCAAGAAAGUUGUUUCUUUUAGGGGAGGCAUCAAGAUAACCAGAAAUCCUGUCCAGAAAGCCAUUUCCUGGCUAGUCUGUCUGUGUAUGCAUGUGGUUUUAUUCUUGUAAAGAUGCAUUGAACAAACUCUGGAACACAGAUCUGACACUGGAAGACACCCCAUUUGCAUGAGGAUGCGGAAGGCUAUUUACUUUAUUUUGUAACCUGGGAAGGGCCCUCAGAGGCCAGUGCAAAACUCUGAAACAAAAGCAAGUUGAACUCUGCUUGGAGGGGAAGGUUGCAUGCCAGCACUAGCUUAAAAAGGGAAGUGCUUUGGCGAGGAUGGGGCAAAGAAAUGAGCUUACUUCCAGAGCUGCAACUGAUGCCUCUUGAGAUCUCUAAGGGUUAUUACCAGGUGGCCAUUUUGAGGAGAGGCCAGUGAUAAGCAGAAGGGUACAUCUCCACAGAACAAGUGGCAACAGUAGCCUGUGGCUUCACGGAAAUAGAAAUCUAGGGAUGCCGCAGUUAUGCUUUGGGGUUCAAGGUGACAGAUCACCUUGCCUCCCGCUUUGUCAAAGCAUUUAUCCUUAUAAACUAGGAUCAGUCCGUUUAUUUACAAACUGUGUGAUGUGGUAUAAACUGUUCUGGUUCUUAGACUGUGGCUGGCAAGGGGGUGGGGCUCCAAGGCCAUUAUUUUUAUUGCAUUACUCUAGGAGCAGGGGAGUUCUUUGUCCAGACCAGCUGCAGUUUUUGGUGGGGCCAUUUUUUGGCUUUGGAACCAAAGGCAGCCACUCAUUUGGUGCUUCCUCUUGUUCUGUGCUCCAUCCCUCAACUCUUAAUGGCAUCUGUCUCCUGGAGCCCAUGCUCUUCAACUUUUUGGCUGAUUUGGACAACAGGGACAGGUACCUGCCUGCCUCAUCCCCUUUUAGAUUCAUUUAUACCAUGUAUACCACAGAUGUUUCUGUGAGAUAUUGAGCUCAUAAAAAAGCCUUAGGCUUGGCAGGGAAGACUCAACACCCCCAGCCUUUCCUGAGGCACCGACUAAAUGUCUCCUCCUGAGUGAGCUGGACUCCCUGGGAAAGAAGCAUUGUCUGCAACAUUAUAUUAUAGGAAAUGUACCAGGAAUGUCAAUAAUAAUG